UAAACUCAACCCGUCCGGGUCGCGGACUUGAUUGAUUGAUUAUUUUACGGAAUUAUUAUUUGGUUAAAUUUGAUUCGAUCCAAAUAUGGAAGACCUAUUGAAGUCGUAUGUAUUAAGUCAGGAAACGUACUAUCAGAUCAGAGAUACAAUAUCACAAGAAUUAUCAUUGGGGUUAUCCAAGAGUUGUGAGAGGUCAUCUAUAAAAAUGUUGAUUUCCUACGUCCAGAACUUGCCGACAGGGCGAGAAAUAGGAGAAUUCUUAGCACUUGAUCUUGGGGGAUCGAACUUUCGCGUGUUGCUCAUUCAUUUAAAUGGAUCACCAAGUGCUUUUAGAAUGGAAAGUAAAAUUUAUCCAUUGACUGACAGCAUCAAAGCUAGUGUGGCUGUGGAGCUGUUUGAUUACAUAGUCGACUGUGUAGAUGAUUUCUUGAAAACUGUAAAAAUCAGUCACUACCCUGUACCAUUGGGCUUCACAUUCUCAUUUCCCGUCAUCCAAAGUGGUCUUGCAUCCGGAAGGUUAGUUCAGUGGACAAAGGAGAUAACAUGUGAUGGUGUCGUUGGUGAAGAUGUUGUCAGACUGUUGCAUGAAGCAAUUCAGAGGAAAAAAACACUACAAGUAGAAUGUGUAGCACUUGUUAAUGACACUGUUGGUUGUUUGAUGUCCUGUGCAUAUGAAGAUAUUCAGACUUACAUGGCUGUUAUUAUUGGAACUGGUUCCAAUGCGAGUUAUGUUGAAAAAGUGAGAAACAUUGAAAAGUGGCAACCUGAUGCUGAUGAAACAUCUGACGAGAUGAUAAUCAACACAGAGUGGGGUGGUCUGGGGGACAAUGGGUGCAUUGAUUUCGCCAGAGGACCUGCUGAUUACAUAAUUGACGAUCGCUCACUUGAUAAACGUCGACAAAUUUUUGAGAAGAUGAUAUCAGGAAGAUAUCUCGGUGAAGUAGCUCGUUUAGUUUUGUUGGAGGCUGUCAAGGCCAAUCUGCUCUUUCACCAGCCAGGCAGAUUGGUUGAGGCUUUCACAAAGGAGUACGGAUUUCUCACCAAAUAUCUUUCUGAAAUUGAAAGUGACACAGGUAAGACUCAUUCAAAGACUCGUCGCAUAUUAACGGAGCUAGGCGUGAAAGACUUAACAUAUGAUGAAUGUUCCUUGGUGUACAAAAUCUGCAGAGUCAUCUCCAAAAGAUCAGCCUAUCUCUGUGCUGCAGGGAUAGCAGCGGUGUUGAACAACAUGAACAGACCCGAGGUUACGAUCGGUGUAGAUGGAAGUUUGGUCAGGUGUCAUCCAACAUUCCUCGACCACAUGCUUCAGUUCACUAAGAAACUCAUCAAUCCAGGGAUCAAUAUAAAAAUGCGUUUAAGUGAAGAUGGAAGCGGCAAAGGGGCUGCCCUGAUUGCUGCUGUGUCCAUAAGAAAGAUGCAUUGA